UGCAGUACUGCAAGUUGCCAGGAUUUUGUUUCAAAAUGGCCGACCAAGUGUUGUUAAAAUUUCCAACAUGAAGAAACCUAAAAUAAGGCAGUCUCAUUAGCUUAUAUGAAAUAUUCAAACAUUUGCAAAUUAAAAAUUAGUGUAUAAACAAAAAAACAAAAUGGCAGUAAGAGUACAAGUUGAUGAGACAAACUGUGGUCCUUUAUGUCAGCAUCCCUCAUGUUGGCAUUCAAAUGUGAGACGAGAAAAGGGUUUCCCAAAGUUGAGAGCCAGACCACCAACACCCCCGGACAUAGAACUUGAUCUGCCCACAUUGAAAGUAUGUAACAUGUUAGAUGACUAUGGUGAAGACAAUAGAGAUUUGUUUCCAUCAAGGUAUGCUGGAAAACCAGCACAUGAAAGAAGUGAUCUUUAUUCUUCUUUUGAUAAACCAAUCAGGGCACAAAGCAUUAAGGUCACAAGGGCUCCACAAACAUCUCCAAAAUCUGGAUCAAAUACAGAAGUUCCAGUUUCCAAAUUCAAAGUGGUAGAGGUACAAGAAGUGUUUGACCCAGAGGAUCUUAGAGGAACAUGGGAUGACACUUUUGUACCAAAGUCAUACUAUGUCUGGGUGCCCAAUGCCAAGAAGAAGAGGAGGAAGAAAAAAGCUAAAGGUCAAGAGGACAGCCCUAUGAUAAAGUUAAAAAGCCGGGGGUCAGUGAAGUUCAAGGACAUGACAGAAGAUAUGGUACCGAAAGAGAUAGAGGAUAACAGGCUGACGUCGAGGUUUGAAGAAUGGCCUGUUUUAAAGCCACUGAAUGAGAACCAUAAAUUGGGAAAAUACAUGCGGAAAAAGAGAGCCAUGUCAACUAGAACCCCCACAAUGCCACAGUAUUCUAUGUCUCCUCGUACCACGGCAGGAUCAUCGAAAAUGGAGUAUGAUCAUGAAGGUAAUCGAAGGUCUGGGCAGAUUAGUGUGCCUAUACCAUCUAGGGUGAGCGGGUGGCGCACACCCGGUCAGAUUGUGUACAACAGUAUCAGUGAGUUAUUGGACCUACCAAGAGAUGUCCUUGUACAGGUUCUGGAAAAUACACGCCAGAGUGAUUUGAUGUCCCGUGAUAGGAUACGAGAAGUAAUUAGAAGAUUUAUGCCACCGUCACUAGAACGAGGAAAUACAAAUCUCUCAUUGGCUAGUCAAGAUCUGUUGCAACAGAAAAAACUAAACUUACAUGAAGGUAAUAAGAAUGUGCGCCAGUCUCAUUUGAUGGAAACAAAACCAGUCUUUCACCUUGAUGAUGAUGUCAUUGAUGAUGAAAUAGAUGAGGAUAUACAGCGUAGCACCAGUCCAUACGGUUCUCUUAAAGACCUUUACUUGUCCAGAGAGCUGAGUAAAUACAAGAAACCACUGCC